GGCGUAGGAGUCGGCUGUGGACCGUUGACGGGUUGACCGUGCAUAAAGUUUCAGUCGAUCACCGUAUCACACCAAAUCCACUUUAAAAAAAAAGGAAAAUGGCCAAAAAACCAGCCGUCGGUAUAGAUCUCGGUACAACCUACUCCUGCGUCGGAGUCUGGCAGAACGGCAAGGUUGAAAUCAUCGCCAACGACCAGGGUAACAGGACCACCCCAAGCUAUGUCGCCUUCAACGACACCGAACGACUCAUCGGAGACGCUGCCAAAAACCAAGUGGCGAUGAAUCCGAAAAAUACGGUUUUUGACGCUAAGCGAUUAAUUGGAAGAAGAUUCGACGAUCCAAAAAUCCAAGCCGAUAUGAAACAUUGGCCAUUUAUGGUCGUUUCCGAUGGUGGCAAACCAAAGAUACAAGUUGAAUACAAAGGUGAAGUUAAAAGAUUUGCACCAGAAGAAGUGAGUUCCAUGGUUUUGACCAAAAUGAGAGAAAUCGCAGAAGGGUACUUAGGCGGAAAGGUGACAGAUGCUGUAGUGACUGUCCCUGCUUAUUUUAAUGACUCGCAAAGACAGGCGACUAAAGACGCCGGUGCCAUCGCAGGGCUAAACGUCUUGAGGAUAAUCAACGAGCCGACCGCUGCGGCUUUGGCUUACGGUCUCGAUAAGAACCUAAAAGGAGAAAAGAACGUGCUGAUUUUCGAUCUGGGUGGAGGGACAUUCGACGUGUCCAUCUUGUCCAUAGACGAAGGUUCCCUCUUCGAGGUGAAGUCCACUGCCGGUGACACCCACCUCGGCGGAGAGGACUUCGACAACCGCCUCGUCUCUCAUUUCUGCGACGAGUUUCAAAGGAAGUUCAAGAAGAACAUGAGUGGCAAUGUGAGAGCCGUCAGAAGGCUCAGGACCGCCUGUGAACGUGCAAAGAGAACUCUCUCAUCAAGUACUGAAGCGUCCCUUGAAAUUGAUGCCCUUCACGAAGGAGUCGAUUUCUACUCUAAAAUAACCAGGGCGCGGUUUGAGGAACUCUGCAUGGAUUUAUUCAGAUCUACAAUAAGUCCAGUGGAGAGGGCUCUUCAGGAUGCAAAAAUGGAUAAGGGUAUGAUCCAUGAUGUCAUCUUGGUAGGGGGCUCAACUCGUAUUCCCAAAAUUCAAAAAAUGCUCCAGGACUUUUUCUGUGGAAAAUCAUUAAAUCUUUCCAUAAACCCGGAUGAGGCAGUUGCGUACGGUGCAGCAGUCCAAGCAGCAAUUCUUAGUGGAGAUACGAGCUCAGCCAUUCAGGAUGUACUCCUUGUCGAUGUUGCACCCCUUUCCCUCGGAAUUGAAACUGCAGGUGGAGUUAUGACAAAAAUAGUUGAAAGAAAUUCAAGAAUUCCUUGUAACCAGAAGCAGACGUUCACUACUUAUGCAGACAAUCAGUCAGCCGUUACUAUCCAGGUUUUUGAAGGUGAGAGAGCAAUGACCAAAGAUAAUAAUCUUUUGGGUACAUUCAACCUUACUGGAAUACCACCAGCACCAAGAGGAGUGCCACAAAUCGAGGUUACAUUUGAUUUGGAUGCGAACGGUAUUUUGAAUGUUUCGGCUAAAGAUUCUUCAACUGGGAAAUCUGAGAAAAUCACCAUUUCUAAUGACAAAGGCCGUCUCUCAAAAGUCGAGAUUGACAAGAUGCUGGCAGACGCAGAGAAAUACCGUGCUGAAGACGAUAAACAGCGGGAGAAAGUAUCUGCAAGGAAUCACCUAGAGACUUACUGCUUCAGUGUUAAGCAAGCUGCUGAGGAUUCUGGUUCGAAACUGUCUGAAGCAGACAAGAAAACCAUUCUUGACAAAUGUAGUGCCACACUUUCUUGGCUUGACUCAAACACAUUAGCAGAAAAGGAUGAGUUCGAGGACAAACUUAAGGAUCUCCAGAAGGUGUGCUCGCCUAUCAUGACAAAACUUCACCAAGGAGGUGGCCAAGGGGGAAAAGGCCCUACUGUUGAAGAAGUUGACUAAGCUUUGCCCUAUUUAUCGUUCUAGCUUCAGGUUCACAUUAUUAACUUAAUAAUAUUUGCUGCUACUUUUGUUUUUAUUUUUAUUCAUUUAUUUAUUUAUUUUUGUGAAUUUAUAGUUUAUUUCUAUCCUAAUUUUCAUCAAGUUAAGAAUAUUUCACUAUAUUUAUCCUAUAAACGUACUACUGUUCACGCAAAUGUUUGAAACUUCAAAUGUACUAACACCAUUUUUAAGUUUAGAAAAAAAUAAACAAAUGCAUAAUAUUAUAAUUUAAGUAUUAUUAUAAAUCUUUUUUUAAGCUAAACUACAGCUUUUUGGUCAACCUGUUUACUAUUGGCACUGGUUCCAUCUGUCAGGCAUUUUUCAGUACUUUGCCAUCAUAGUUGAUUCUGACAUAAUGCUUUUUACAUGCCCUUUUCUUGUCAAGUUCAAUUCAAUCCAACUAAAAAUUGUAUUUUUAUAUAAUAAACGUGUUCUGUUAAA